AUGAGUGCCCAAGAACCACUUGUUCCUCCAACGAUGGCAGAGGAGCUUAGAUUCUCUGCCGAACAACCAUCGGUCCAACGCCGACGCGUAUCGAUGGCAUCUUUAGAGCCCGUCAAAUCUAAUGGAUUUAGGGCGGGCAUGGGUCUCCAGAAUAUGGCCCGGCGGACACUGGGAAUUAUUCUUCUGCUUCUUACCGUCUUCCUUUGGACCGCCUCGAAUUUCUUAGCCAGUUAUAUCUUUGCAGAUAAUACAUACUCAAAACCAUACUUCGUCACUUAUAUCAACACAUCAUUUUUUGCGAUAUCAUUACUUCCAGUCUUUCUACGUAUUGUGCACCAACACGGCAUAGCGCACGUUCGAACAUCCGCAGUCGAAUAUUGGCAGGGCAAGAUGGAUGGUUAUAGAGGCGUCAGUUCCAAAUCCCGUACUGGUGAGGAAGAUGCGGAGGACCCCAUGUCAGCAUCUGAGACACGGUUAUUGGUUGACGAUGAUGAGGAUCAACCCGCGCUCAGCAUGUCCGGAGAACCACAACCGCCAGAGGGUCAGUUAAGCGUGCCAGAAACUGUAAAGCUCAGUUUGGAGUUCUGCAUGCUCUGGUUUGGUGCCAACUAUCUGGUUGCGGCGUGCCUGGAAUAUACUAGUGUGGCUAGUUCUACAAUCUUGACCUCCACUAGCAGCAUUUGGACGCUGCUUUUUGGUGCCCUAGUGCGCGUGGAGCAAUUCUCCUACAAAAAACUUGUUGGAGUACUGGCCUCCUUGGCUGGCAUCAUCCUAAUCUCGACUGUGGAUCUUUCAGGCAAAAACAAUGAUGAGCACCGGGGGAACUUCCCACACAAAUCACAAAGUGAGAUUGCUAUUGGGGAUGCGAUGGCUUUUGGCAGCGCCAUCAUGUAUGGCAUCUAUGCUAUUGUCAUGAAAAAACGAAUUGGCAACGAGGACAGGGUAAACAUGCCCCUAUUUUUUGGACUUGUAGGGCUGUUUAACGUCAUCUUCUUGUGGCCUGCGUUCUUUCUUCUGCACUACACGGGAAUUGAAACCUUUGAAUUACCGCCAACCGGCAAGAUUUGGACUAUUGUACUUUUGAACUCGGCAUCAUCUUUUCUCAGCGAUUAUUCUUGGGCCUACGCUAUGCUUCUCACAACACCGUUAGUGGUAACAGUGGGACUAUCAAUGACGAUACCGCUAUCACUCAUUGGGCAGAUGGUUCUAAGCAAGCAGUAUUCAAGUGCCUUAUAUUGGGUUGGUGCAUCUAUUGUGGUACUUUCUUUCUUGUUUAUCAAUCACGAGAGCCAUGAAGAAGAUGAGCCGCGGGUUCGGCGUGAAGAGAGUGGGUCGGCGGCUUGA